AUGCAUAUGCAGGUGGUACACGGAGCCCUGGUCAUUGGACUCAGUCUCGCCUACUGUUUCUUCUCGUGGCACAUACUCGAAGCCACGAGCGGCGCCGCCGCCAGCGCCAUGGACGCGGCGUUGGCGCACGUUGCCGGCGGCAUGCGGCCUCUCCUCGAAGCCAACCGCUCGGCCCUCGCCGUCGCCAAUGCGCUGCCGCCGAUCACCACCAACCAAUCUUCGUUAUCUUACGUGGGAACAACGCUGUUCACGGCCUUUGCCAUGCAGCCGGCGGUGGCCGAGAUGUCAUACUACGCGGGCCCCGACGGUGCCGCCGCCUUCACGUACUACCGCGCCGCGGACGGGCAGCCGAGGGCUCAGGGGAUCCGUCUGGUGCUCCGCAACUGGCACGAGGCCGCCAUGUUCCGGCGGAUGGGCAUCGCCGUGGCGUGCCUACUGUGCGUGACCGUGGCGCUGGCGGUGGUGGCUCUCUUGGUAAUGGGGCGCAGCAUGCGGCGGUCGGCGGCGCGGGAGGCGGCGCUAGGCGCCGACCUGGCCCGGCACAAGGAAGCGGUGCAGCAGGCGGAGCGCAAGAGCAUGAACAAGAGCAACGCCUUCGCCAGCGCCAGCCACGACAUCCGCUCGGCCCUCGCUGCCGUCGCCGGCCUCAUCGCCGUCUCCCGCCCCGAGGCCCGUGCCAACCCCGUCCUCGCCGACAACCUCUCUCAGAUGGACGUCUGCACCAACAAGCUCCUCGAUAUACUGAACUCGAUCCUGGACAUGGGCAAGGUGGAGUCGGGGAAGAUGCAGCUGGAGGAGGUGGAGUUCACCAUGGCGAAGGUGCUGGAGGAGUCCGUGGACAUGGCGAACGUGACGGGGAUGGCGAAAGGGAUCGAGGUGGUGUGGGACCCUUGCGACUUCUCGGUGCUCCGCUGCGGCGCCGUCGUCGGCGACUGCAAGCGGGUCAAGCAGAUCCUCGACAACCUCCUGGGCAACGCCAUGAAGUUCACCCACGAGGGCAACGUCGUGCUCCGGGCCUGGGCCAACCGCCCCAUCGCCUCCGCCGCCGGUGCCUGCGCCGACGAUAGCAGCUGCGGCGGCGCGCCCUCCAGGCUCGCCGGCGGGCUCUUCCGCCGCUGGAAGAAAGACGGCGGCUGCGCCGAUCAGCAGAACUCCGCUGGCCCCAAGUCGUUGAGGAAUCACCCCGACUCGGUCGAGUUUUAUUUGGAGGUGGUUGAUACUGGCGUGGGGAUCCCCAUGGAGAAGAGGCAGUCCGUGUUUGAGAACUACGUGCAGGUCAAGGAAGGCCAUGGCGGCACCGGCCUCGGCCUUGGGAUCGUCCAAUCCUUCGUUCGGCUGAUGGGAGGGGAGAUCAGCAUAAAGUACAAGGAGCCAGGGGAAGCAGGGACGUGCUUCGGCCUGAACGUGUUCAUGAAGCUCAAGGAGAGGCCGGCCGAGGGCGCCGUGGAAAUCAUGAUCGACCAAGGGCCGUCGUCAUCGUCCAGCGACGUGUACGAGAGCCGGCUGUUCAGGGAAGCCAGCUGCUUCAAGGGCUUGCACUGCGUGCUGCUCGUCCACGGCGCCGAGACCCGGCGGAUCCUGCAGGCGUGGAUGGAGAGUCUCGGGGUGAAGGUGUGGCUCGUUCCGGGCGCCGAGCUGCUCGCCGCGGCCAUGGACAAGGCCGCCACCGGCGCCGGCGGCGACGGCGCGGCGGACCUGUGCUUCAUCCCCAGGGAGAUGCUGCCAAUGGCGCGGCGGAACAGCAGCGGCCGGGGCGGCGGCGGCGGCAACGGCAACGGCCACCACCACGCGUUCGGCCUGCUCGUCGUCGUCGACGUCACUGACGGGGGGUUCGACGCCAUCUGCAGGGGGGCGGCGGCCAUGGUCCCCCGGAUCAAGGACCACAAACUCCCCUGCAGGCUCGUCUGCCUCACGGACGCCAAGACGUCCUCCAGGGACCUCCUUCGCUUCAAGCAAGCCGUCACCUGCGAUCUCGAGCUGCGGAAGCCGAUCCACGGCUCCCGGCUCUCGAAGCUCCUCGCCACCAUGAAAGACCUCCACCAGUCCUACUACUCCCCAUCCCAAGUCAGCCCCGGGAUCAAAGGAAAAGCGGCGGUCGUGUAUCAGGUCCAGGCCUCUGCCGCGGCGUCAUCUGAGAUCGAAGAGUUGCCAGUGGAGCCUCCCCGGCCCAAGGUUGACGCUGAGAGGAAGCCGCUAGAAGGGAUGCGCGUGCUGCUGGCGGAGGACAGCAGAAUGCUGCAGGCCAUCCAGAAGAAGGUGCUCAACCUCCUUGGAGCGACCGUGGAGAUAGCAGAGGACGGGUCCGUGGCUUUGGCCAUGUUCAAGUCUGCCCUCGAGGAGGCCAUUGGUGCUUCUUCACAGGGAAGUGCCGGUGCACUGGCCUUGCCUUACGAUGUCGUCUUCAUGGACUGCCUGAUGCCGGAGAUGAACGGCUAUGAGGCGACCAGGCGCAUACGAGAGGAGGAGAGCCGCCACGGCAUCCGGACGCCGAUCAUUGCGCUGACCGCGCACUCAUUGGAGGAAGGCUUGCAGGAGACCAUCCAAGCCGGGAUGGAUCUCCACCUGACGAAGCCCAUACUCAAGGAGAACAUAGUGGAGGCAGUGUCCCAGAUCUGCAACAGCUGAACUUUGUUGUUUGUACCAAAACUUGUACUCCUCCGUGUCUGGCUUAUUUAUUUGUGUUGUGUCAUGCUAGAUUUUCCAGAAACUAUUAUGCUGGGACAUGUUUGAA